CAGCAGUGUCAGUGAAACUUGUCAAACUUGUUCAAAUGAUAAACUGUCAAGUGUCAAAAACAGAAAUCUUGGUUUGUGAAUUAUAAAAAAGCAAAAGCUGCGAAAGCAUUCUGAUCAUCUGACAAAGUAGAAAGCCGUGUAGUCUAAUAUUAGAAAUGGCAUCUGGCCUCGAAAACUACGUGAACCAAACAGUGUCUGUCAUAACAUCCGAUGGACGUAAUUUCAUCGGCACGCUAAAGGGUUUUGACCAAACGAUAAACAUUAUAUUAGACGAAUCUCAUGAAAGAGUAUUUUCUUCGUCUACUGGAGUGGCGCAGGUGGUGCUCGGGCUACACAUCAUCCGAGGCGACAAUGUUGCGAUCGUGGGGCAAAUAGACGAAUCCAUUGAUAGCAGACUGGACCUUGGCAAUAUUAAAGCUGAACCUUUAGGUGUAAUAGCGCAUUAACUUCAUAGUAAAUAAACAUUAUUUUUAAUUUA